AUGGAUGGCGGCAAGCUAUCGUCCGCUAUCUCCAUGGAAUCACUCAAUUCCGUCAGCACUGAGUCCUGCUCACAAGUGCGCACCUUAUUCGUGUCGGGUUUGCCGAUGGAUGCGAAGCCUCGCGAGCUCUAUCUGCUGUUUCGUGCCUAUCGUGGCUAUGAGAGUUCACUGCUCAAAAUGACGGCGAAGAAUGGCAAGCCGACGUCGCCGGGAGUGCGUUUCGACCCGGACUGUGCGCAGGUGCUCCGUCUAGAGCUUGCCAAAUCGAAUACGAAGUCGAUGCCCCAAUUCCUGGCUCCCUUACAACCCACCGAAGCUAUAGUCCUCGACCAGCACCCUCUGCUUUUCGACCAGCAUCAGCUGCUUUCCCUCAGUCUUCCUCGAUUUCCCGCUGCUCAGUCUUUGCCUUUUGCUGGCUUUGGGUCUAGGCGCUCAGAAUCCAGCCCUCCAGGGUUGCUCCACGCUGCCUUCGCUGGCUUCACACGACUCCGAAUGCACACGAAGAACGGUUCCUCUGUGGCCUUCAUCGAAUACUCGUCGUUGGCGUCAGCGACGAGUGCAAUGAUGGCCUUGCAGGGAUUCCAGCUUGGUUCCUCCGAACGUGGUGGUUUACGGAUUGAGUACGCUCGCAACAAGAUGGCCGACGUGAAUGGCUGA